AUGCUACUGGCGGAUAUUGCUUUAUUCAUUUUACGAGUUGGGCUAAUUAUAUUUAUCAUAUUUGGAACAGUCGGAAAUGCACUCAAUCUGUUCAUUUUCACGUGUCGAACGCUUUCACAAUUGUCAUGUACAUUACAUCUUAUUGCAGCUUCAAUCGACAAUACUCUGGUUAUUUUCACAUCAUUAUUGACUCGUCUACUUGCCAAUGGAUUUUCUAUUGAUAGAACAAUCACAUCCAAUGUUAUGUGUAAAUUACGAUUUUAUUUCGGUUAUGUAUUUUUUGCUCUAUCACCCUAUUUUUAUACUUUGGCUUGUUUUGAUCGAUACUGUUCAAUUUCAACAUCAGCUACGCGUCGAUCAUGGUGUAGUGAAAAACUAGCAAAAAGAUUAAUUAUUGGAGUCAUUAUUUUGGCUUGCAUUUUAUAUUGUCACAUGGCAAUGUUCUACGAAAUAUUUAUGAAUGGUCCUAGUCUGUGA